AUGUUGACCCUCUAUGAUGUCAUCUCUCUGCGUCCUGUCCUCUCAGGGUUCGCUGAGGAUGAUGUCAGGGUCUCUCUUCAGUGGUUGCUAUGGUCUUGUUUUUGCAUUGCUAUGGGAGCUAUGCUCUCAUUGGCUCUGGCUGAACUGGUUACCAUGGAGACGUGUACAUGCGGACGCCGUGGACUGCAUGGUUUCCCAGGGUUACCAGGAAGGGAGCGACGAGAUGGAGAGACGGGGGAGAAGGGAGUGCCAGGUGUUGUAUCUGGACCAGGCCAGAGACCAGAGGGGGGCCAGAAGGGGGAGCCGGGUGUGAAGGGAGCAGUUGGGAAGCUGGGUCGUAGCGGUGUGAGAGGAGAUAAGGGAUCCCCAGGGCCAGAGGGACCCCAGGGAGAGCCAGGGGAGUCGGGCUCGGCAGGGUCUCUGCUCCAUUCUGCCUUCAGCGUGGCCAGAGGCACCGCCAGCCCUCCAGAGAAGGCCAGCCCCAUCAGAUUUACCUCGGUCAUCACUGAUGUUAACAAGGACUACAACACAGAGACGGGACGCUUCAGGUGCCGCGUGCCGGGGACGUACUACUUUGUGUACCACGCGUCGUCUGAGGAGAGACUCUUGGUGUUCAAACUGGAUGGAACCAGUCUGGCCUCCUUCUGUGACCUGGUGUACGGGGGCACAAAGAGACAGGUACACACCGGGGGUCUGGCUACGUACUUGAAAGGAUCGAGGAGGUGGUUAGAAGACCAACGAUUCAACGGCAUGACGGAGAAACCUAAGGGAACAGCUCUUCUCUGGCUCCUGCUCUACCCUCACUAA